GUGGAAUUGGACCCAUUCGGGGAUGCCACAUGUAAUUGUCGCGCGUUUCGGAUCGGGUCAAGUCCCCAAGUGUGUUCCUGAAUCAAGCCAACGCUCUCCUUUCCCUUUCCCUUCUUCUCGUAGUUUAAACAGAUAGAGUUGGAGGUCAAAGUGAAAGUAAACCAAGUCGAGUGAAAAAGACCAGCCUACCAAAACCAAAACCAAGCUUUUUCCACUUCAUCCUCCGUCGUCUCGCUCCCAUCAUCCAUCCGUCCCAACCCCGGACCAGCAAGCAAGUCGCUCUGUACCACCUGUACCUACCUACCUCACCAAACCAAACCAAACCAACCCGAUCCAAUGGCAUCCCGCCAAGCCUUCCGAAGCCUAGCUGCUUCCACUCCUUCUUACACAACCACCUCUACUACUACCCUCCGCGCCGCUACCACCGCCGCUUCUCGUCGUUGCGCAUCUACUUUUGCGAACACUACUACUACUACUACUACUCGGACCGCCGCCGCCCGUCGCAGCACCAGCAGUAGCAGAUUGCAGCAAGGGCAAGGAAGAAGCAACGGCAACAAGAGAAGCUACAGCAGCACUCCUGGUGGCUCCCCCCCUCCUAGGGACACGAACAAGAUCAGCUUUUGGCCUUUUGUGGCGCUGAUUGCCUUGACGUCCGGAGGGUAUAUGUUGUUGGUUAAUCGGAGAAAAGACAUGCCUCCCAACCCCACCUCCUCCUCCUCAGCCGCGGCUGCUCCCGCUCCCGCCACAACCACAACCCCCGCCUUCUCCCCCUCCGACGUAACCGUCAUCUUCGUCCUCGGCGGCCCCGGCGCCGGCAAAGGCACCCAAUGCGCCCGUCUCGUGCGCGACUACGGCUUCACCCACCUCUCGGCCGGCGACCUACUCCGCGCCGAACAAGACCGCCCGGGUUCCCAAUACGGCCAGCUUAUCCGGGACUGCAUCAAGAACGGCGCCAUCGUCCCCAUGGAAGUCACCGUGGCCCUUCUCGAGAACGCCAUGCGCGACACUCUGGUCUCUGGCAAAACCAAGACAGGCAGGUUCCUGAUUGAUGGCUUCCCGCGCAAGAUGGACCAAGCUGUCAAGUUCGAAGAGGUCGUUUGCCCUGCGAAAAUGGUGUUGUUCUAUGAUUGCCCGGAACAAGAAAUGGAGAAGAGACUGCUGGAAAGAGGCAAGACGAGCGGGCGUGAAGAUGAUAAUGCCGAGAGUAUCAGGAAGCGGUUCAGGACGUUUGUGGAGACGAGCAUGCCGGUUGUGGAUCACUAUGAGAGGGAAGGAAAGGUGGUCAAGGUGGAUUCGACGCCGGGGCCGGAGAAGGUGUAUGAGGAGACGAGAAAGCAGCUGAGGAGGGUGUUUGGGGAUAAGUUUUAGUUAGUGUAGGGGGGGGGGGGGGAUUGACUUGACUUGUCUUACUCCGGGGAUGGGAUGGGGGGUUGAGGUAAACUUGGUUUCUAGGUACUAAUUCUGAGAUGGGGUUGGCCGUUCCAUUAGAUAAAAACUUUUAAAAUACUAUACACUACUACAGAUUUAUUGGAAAGGGACGGAGCGAUGGAGUCGCGGAGGCGGUUCGUGGAUGGAUGGGGAUGGUUUUCUCCCGUUUGGAAAUUGAACUUGCUCUGUCUUUUUCCAGAUGUCGAGAUGGCUUGGUAUUGCGUUUAUACUAUUCAUCGUUGGGAAGCCUGAGCAUGAUGAUUCAUUGUUCCCUUUGCUGCUGGUGGUCAUAGACCUUGUCUCAAAAAGCAUUGAUAUUACGCUUCCGUUGCCUUGUAUAUCCUGGGUAUCAUGAUCUAUACUCCACCUUUCUGGAUUUGCC